UUCUGUGUGAACAGCCUCCAACCAUGGAACGUAAGAUCCUCCGCAGAGAUGAAGUCAGAAAGUUUGACAAGAACGUCAAGAUUCAUGAUGUAUUAUUCAUGGGUGUUACUCUCACACCUGUUUUCCUGACAGAAGAGUGGCAUAAUUUUGAGUUUGCUGAAGAAGAUGUCUUGUUGGUGACCUAUCCUAAAUCAGGAACACACUGGAUGAUGGAAAUUCUUUCUCUGAUUCACUGCAGAGGCGAUCCUAAGUGGGUUCAAUCUGAGUUCAUCUGGAACCGGGCACCCUGGAUAGAGGUGGAUGAAUGUUUUAACCAUUUAAAGAAGAAUAAAUGCUCCCCUUUCAUUUCUUCCCACCUUCCAAUCCAGUUCAUGCCUGAGUCAUUCUUCAAGUCCAAAGUGAAGGUGAUCUACGUCAUUAGAAAUCCCAAAGAUAUUAUUGUGUCUGGCUACUUGUUCUGGAAGGGUGUAAGCUAUGCUCAGAAAGCAGAAUCAUUGGAUCAAUUUUACGAUUGGUUCAUGGAAGGAAGUGUGCCCUAUGGGUCAUGGUUUGACCAUGUCCACGGCUGGCUAUCCAUGAGAGAGCAUGACAACUUCCUGUUGCUGAGCUAUGAAGAACUGAAAAGGGACCUGAGAAACACUGUGAAGAAGAUAAGCCAAUUUCUGGGUGUGGAAUUAGGACUGGAAGCCAUAGACUUGGUCCUCAACAACUGUUCCUUCCAGGUUAUGAAAAAUAAUAAUAUGUCCAACUAUUCCUCCAUUGACGAAAGCAUUGUAAAUAAAAAAGAAUCUCCCAUAUUCAGAAAAGGUGUUACUGGAGACUGGAAAAAUCACCUCACGGUGGCCCAAGCAGAAACCUUUGAUAAACUAUACCGGGAGAAGAUGAAAGAUCUUCCUUCAGAGCUGUUCCCAUGGGACUAACAUCCAAUAAUGUUCAGGAAAUCAUGCAGGUGUGGGUCACUUUUGUGCUUUUGCACCAGUGUAUGCCUACGUGUAUGUGAGAUUGUUUAAAAUCUUCUAUCUUAUCUUGGAGCCAUUAUCAAUCAACUCUUUGCAGUUUUGAGAACGUAGUCAACACUGAUCUGUGUCCUACUCAUUGAUUUUACUGCCAAACCAGCUUUGGAAAU